AUCGCGGAGAUGGUCACGCGCUUCCUCGCCGUCAAGCCUCGGCCAGCCGCCUCCAGCCACCCCCAGACGCUGUGAAGCGAAGCUCCGACGCCGAUGUUGCGCCAUGUAGCGCUGGGCACGUGCUGCGAUGACCCGAGAGCUUUACACCCACACGAUAGCGGGACCUGGAGGACGCCUUCUCGUAACCGGCAAACCUGAAUACCUAGGGCAAGUUUUAGCCUCACUUGCGGUUUCUUUGGGCACGCUUACUGCAGGACUGGGGAAAGGUUACAGUUCCCCAGCGAUAGCCUCCUUGCAACAACGAGACGCAGAUGCUUUUCCGGUCUCAAGACAAGAAGCUAGCUGGCUGGCAAGUCUCUCCAUGUUAGGAGCAUUUUUUGGUGCUCUCCUCGGUUGUGCCGCAGUUCGAUGGGGAAGGAGACGCACACUUAUUUUAACAGGCAUUCCACUGUCGAUCUGUUGGAUCAUCAUAGCUUUCGCCGUCAGCGUGGAAGUAAUGUGUUUCGCUGCCUUCGUCAGCGGCUUUUUAAUUGCAAUUGUCCAAUUAGCCGCUCAAGUAUACGUUAGCGAAAUUGCGGCACCUUCCAUUAGAGGCGGAUUAAGCGGCAUGCUUAAAGUUGCAGGCCAUGCUGGUGUGCUGGUAGCAUACGCAGCUGGCGCUUUCUUGGAUUGGAGGCAGCUAGCGGGAUUAAUUUCUCUCGCUCCAGCAAUAAUGUGCGUAGUUAUGUGGAAAGUGCCGGAGAGUCCUGGAUUCCUGGUGCUCCGAGGCAGGGAUGAUGAGGCAGAGAAGUCCCUUCGUUGGCUGAGGGGCGAGAGUGCAGACUUACGGUUUGAGCUUGCUGUUUUGCAGGCUCAUGUCCUGACUCGAACCGUUACGACGAAUCAUAAACUGCUUUUGCGGACCCUAACGACGCCAGCUCUCAUCGCGUGUGGCUUGAUGUUCUUUCAGCGUUUUUCAGGCGCUAACGCUUUCUAUUUCUAUGUAGUCAGUGUGUUUAAGGAAACGUUCGGUGGCACAAACCCUCAUAGUGCAGCUGUUGCGGUCGCAAUCGUCCAGUUUUUGUCGUCUCUGCUCUCCGGAUUGCUGGUGGACAGCGUGGGAAGACUGCCGCUUUUAGUGGCGUCCAGCGUUUUGAUGUCACUUGCGUUAGCAUCCUUCGGAUCUUUCGCUUAUUACGAAGACGCACACCAUAAAAACGUUCCAAAUUUGGACUGGAUACCCUUACUUUGCGUGUUGAUAUUUACUGUAGCUUUCUCUCUGGGAAUUAGUCCGAUUUCGUGGCUGCUGGUCACGGAAUUGUUUUCGCUAGAACAUCGAGGUUUAGGCACCGCUUUAGCCACAGCUUUCAGUCAUCUGUGUUCUUUUGUAGGCGUUAAAACUUUUGUCGAUUUCAAGGAGUUGUUAGGGUUACAUGGAGCGUUCUGGUUGUAUGCUGCCAUUUCAGUUUGCGGUUUGUGCUUUGUUGUAUGCUGCGUUCCGGAAACCAAAGGCAGGGAUCUGACAGAGAUAGAUACGGUGAGGUGAUCAAACGCCAGCGGGGGGAAACGUAAAAUUUCUAUCAGUGUAGUCGA